AUGAAUGGCGAUGAGGUUCAUCAGCAUUCAAUGGCGGAGUUACCGGCUGGGGCAGAUCCCGACGCUGCAGAUGACCUCACUGGGGAGACGCCUUUGAUGGAGGCUGCCUGUGGAGGAGAUCCAGAGCUGUGCUCCUUGCUGUUGGAUGCCAAAGCGGAUCCCACGAGGCUAAGUGCUGCUGGCAAACUUGCACGAGACUUCAUACCGCCUGACGAUGAAAACAGGCCAAUGUUGUUGGAAAUCCUCGCGCCCCGUCUCCGCGCCGAUCCGACCGGAUCGGCGUUCCUUGACGCCGCGAACGCGGCGUCGUCUUCAAGGCGCAGGGUGGAGCAAGAGGACAUCACUGCAGAGCACUUAGAAGAAGUGAAAGAGUUGUUGUUCAAAGAGGCAAAGGUCCAGGACGAUUCUGACGAUUCGCCGAGCAAUCGGGGGAGCAUCCCAUAG